UCAGCCCUACGCCUCUAAAUAACUACUAAACAAAAAUGGCAGCUUACUCGAAACUCGAAAGAUGACAACCCUUUCCUCUUGACUGGGCUAUUUCAGAUUCAAACAGCCGGCCGGGCAGCAGGGAGCAUACCGGCAACAACACACGAUCUAACUCAAAUAUCUAUGUCGAUUUUUAUGAGAGGCAAAAGUCCUUCCCCUCUUGUCUCAAAUCCUUGACUCGCUUCCAGGUGUCUCCAUGUUUUUCUUUUGCCUCUGUCUUUGGUUUUGAUUUUAUUUGUGGCAAUUCGUCGAAUAUCUUUUCAACAUAAAACAAAGUCUUACUUUUUUUUUUUUUGGCUCAGAGGUGCAACCACACCACGUUAGGCGAAAGAAGUUUGCAAGCUGAAUUAUAUUCUAAAAUGCUCCAGCGGCUAAUCCCACUCUUCCAUCAAUUUACACGUCAAAAUGGAAGAAAAAUCCAAGCAAGCAAGGUGGGGAUAUCUUCCUCUAUGAUUUCGCAUCCACCAUGGAUUGUAUUAGAUACUCUUCGUAAAGGAGGUGUUGAGGCCUAUUUAGUUGGCGGCUGUGUUAGAGAUUUAUUACUAAAUAGAAUACCUGGAGAUUUUGAUGUGAUAACCGUGCGAAUCUUAAACAGGUUUGGUCACAAUCUUCUUGGUAUUCUUUUAGUUAGAAUUACAGGGAAGCUUAUUUUUUUUGACCCUUUUACGUGUAACAUCUACGAUUACAACGAUGGAAUGUCAGACCUGAAGUUGUUAAAGCUACGGACAUUAAUCCCUGCCCAUGUGUCUUUCAAGAGGACUGUGGUAGCAAGAAUUCUCCGGGGCUUAAGAAUUGCAGCUCGUCUGCACUUGUCAAUUUCAGAGGAUACUGAGAGAACAAUGCACGAUCUUUGGGACUCCAUUGAGGGAUUAGAUAAGGGCAGAUUAAUGAUGGAAAUGAACUACAUGCUGUCAUAUGGAGCUGCUGUGCCAUCCAUCUGCUUGCUUGAGAGAUUUAACCUCCUGAACAUUUUACUUCCAUUUCAGGCAGCAUACAUUAAUCAACAGAGAUCUGCGAAGAAUUCAAUGAUGCUGAUGGUGAGCUUGGUUUUAGAAACUAUUCUUCAUUUGGAUAAGUUGAUUUCUUGUGAUCAUCCUGCCGAUAGCAGUCUAUGUCACAACAUUCACCACCGCCGGGAGCGCGACCAGGAAGAGUCGUCAGUCACUGAGAUUUUAACUUCAAUAAUCAUUCAUCACAUGCCGGGUGCUGGAAUCCACCCUUUUCACCAGAAGAAACCUUUGGUCCAAGCUCCUCCGCCCUCUGCAGCUGCGCUUCUCCGCCAUCUCACCCUUCUCAUCAUGACGAGGUUCGCACUAUCUUCAUUACGGGUCUGCCUGAAGAUGUCAAAGAAAGGUUUCUCUCUCUUCUCAAAUGCAAAAUUUGCAGUUGUUGCCAAGAUGCCCUUCAAGAAAUGCAAAAUUGGUGUUUCUUUCGCUAAAUUCAAACCUCGUCAUUCCUAUUGGAGAAAGUCCUCGACAGCUGUUCACCGCAAGUUCGGGAUGGAAGUUGUUUCGAGGAAUAAUCACUGUGAAGUUGAAGAAGUGGUGGAUAACGAUAAACUUCUCGUAUUGAGUAAAUAUCUAGGGGGGUGGUGUAAGAACUUUAUCAAAAUUAGUAAUCUUGCUAAUCAAAUGCAAGCCAAGGGCCUCACUGGUUUCUCGAUAAUGAGAGCUGCUGGAAAUGUAGUUCUAAUGGUUUUCAAAGACUCGGCUUCGUUGAGAAGUGUGAAGAACGAUAAAUCAAAAACACUCGCAAAGUGGUUCUCCAAAGUCGAAGCUUGGUUAGAGAGUUUGGGUUGGAUUUUGAUGUUUCACCUGGCAUUGGUAAACAACCCUCAAGAUGCUUUUGUUGUCUGGACCUUUGCUUCUGUUCUAUAUUAUGGAAAUUGGAAGUUAGGUGUUGAAUUUGCAAGAGAACUCGGUAUAUCGGAUUCAGAAGUUAAAUUCGUUCCUGAAAUCUCAGGAUUUUCAGAAACUAAAUCAGAUGAAGAUCUUGCCAAAGAAGUUGCUCAGCUUGCAUCUUUAGUUCAGGAUUCUGUAUGGACAUUAACAAAGACUGGUAAUCUGCUUGAAUCAAUGUCAAGAUAUGCAUUUUCUCCAUGCUCUGGUUUGGUAAGUGCCUUUGACAUCCACUCCAUUGAAUUUUUUAUGUUCUUAUCAUUGAGACGUGUUCAUGUUUUCCAUGCUGAAGAUAAAUUAACCUGCCAUCAGAAAUGCCACCAUCCCUUGAUUUGUUUUGGUUUCUCGCAUUGUUCUGGUACACGAACUUAUCUGUAUAGUAUUCUUUUAGUAAAUAAGUUUUUCUUUUUCCAGGUGUUUAUACCAAAGAGUACUGCAAAGAGUACUGCUAAACUUUUUGAUCUGAUUGUACAAGAUGUUAAAUCUUUUACAAAAGGGAGGAGGAGAAAAAGUCGUGAGAUCAACUAUCAUCUGCUUGAGAAAGGGGAUCCUUGCGAGACAAGAUAUGUGCUUGUCAAAAUUAUUUUAGAAACAACGAAGGCUGGUCCCUCUGCAGAUGCAGCAGAGAUAGUCAAUGACGAGAAAGACAGCCUACAACCGAAGUUAAGUGAUGAAAUUUCGACCAAUAAUCAAUCUCCAAUGAAGAAGAAUAAAAGACGUGCCCCAUCCUUAUAUAAUUCUGAUGGCAAGGGAAGGAUGCCGAAGAAGCAAAAAUUGGUUGAGACGAACCAGAGUCCUUCUGAGCCACGUACUACUGCUACAAAGAAUUGGAAACUGGUUGCAAAAGAUGAGCUGAAACGCAUGGCCAAGAAGCAACAGAAGUUAAAAGAAGACGAGCAAAAUUUCAAAUUUCAAGGAAACAUAUCAGGAGAAGAAAACAGGUCAUUUACAGGGCUGGAAAAGCCAGUGGUAAAGGAGUCGAAUAGCAAAGCCACCGACUAAUUAAUGAUUUAUAUGCUGAAACACCAGAUUCCACCAGAUGUAGCAAAGGGGGGAAACGGAAGAAGAAAAAGGAACAUGAAAAGAGAGAAGCACUUGUUGAACAGCACAAGUUGUGUUAAAAUGCCGCAAUCACUUUGAGCUUUGCAAAUUAAGGGUGUUUUUGAUAUCCGGAAAAUAUUUUCUU